AAAACGUAGAAAAUACAAGGCUGGAAAUCGUCACACAAGUGUUUCUGUCGUUGUAGCCCGCAGAUUGACAAAUUUUGCUAUGAGAAAUAAAAAUUUGAUAGUUGAAAUUGCUCCCAGCUCAAUUUAACACCACCCCCGGAAACCUUUGGAAGCGUGCGGCAGUCGAAGAUCCCUCCGAAAACAUGGCCCAGUUGAAGAAGUUGCACAUGAGCUCCAAUCUCGAGGGCCUGGAGAAGAUGACUAGUAUUCCCGAUCUGCGCAACAGAAAUAUGAAAAUGCUACUUAACACCGCCAGGAAACUGUACGUCACUGCAGAGGAGUAUCGUCUAGAAGGCGACGAAGAGUUGGCCUACAUCACCUAUAUGAAGUACUUUAACAUGUUAUCCGCCAUCCGCAAAAAGUCAGACUAUGUCAACCACAAGUCCACUGUGCGUCAAAUGCUGGGCGACACCGACGCCAAUCGUCGCAUUAUGGACUCUUUGGAGUUGAUAAGCAACUCUCUGGCGCGGCGCUACGCACUGCUGGGAAAACCUUCGACGGUGGAACCAAUCGCCAAUUUCGUCAAUGGUCGGACAGUGGUUGAAUCAACCACUAAAAACGUUUCCUCCCAGCCAGCGGAUUUUUCCCGCUUGGGGCUGAUUAGCUGCCAGGAGCUGUACCGGCGCAUGCAAGAGAAAACGGUUCUGGUCAUGGACUGUCGUUCCAGUUCCGACUAUGAGAUCUCGCACCUCACGUACUACUGCGCGUUCAAUGUGCCCGAUGAACUAAUAGUGGCUGGAAUGUCGGCGGGUAGACUCCAGGCGCGACUCAGUAGCAGCGCCAAAGCAUCGUGGGCUUCGCGAUCUGUCAAGGACUCGGUAGUGCUCAUGGACUGGAACACGAAAGAUGCCCAGCCGGCUGCCAAUACAGCAAUUGCAACGCUUCUGGAUAUCCUAAAAAAUUGGGAUCCAGAUGUGACGUACCGCGCUCCCAUUCAAAUUGUUGAGGGCGGCUACGAGUAUUUCAUAAUGAUGUAUCCCACUCACUGCACCAAUCCCAGCGUUCAGGCACCGAAGCAGAACAACAACGACAUUGAAACCAUUGACGAUAUCGAGUAUCCCUCGAUUCAUGACAUCACAAUGAAGGAGGACAUCAGUGCGCGGGAUUUUAAGACACGACCAGACAUCAAUCGGGCCAGCAAGCCAGCAGCACUAAAGACCUAUGAACAGGGCCAGACGAAAGCGGUUAUCGAGGCUAAACCGAUCGCCGAGAUAAUGCGAGAUCAGGAGGAGUUUCUUCAACGAGCAGAGCAAAAUGAUGCGCAGCUGGAAAACGCCUUCGAGCUGUGGAAGCGCCAAACGGCUGAGGGAGAUGCUGCCGAUAACCAAGAACUGCACUACCGGAUUCUGCAAUUGGAGAGCCGACAGCAGGACUUUAUACUGGAAAACAACCGUUUACGUGACGAAGUCACACGCUAUAAGGAACAGCUAAAAACGGAUACCCCACAGAAGAUAUCGUCUAAAGAUGUGGAGGCCACCCGAAACGUCGAAUCUAAGAUUCAGGAACGCCAACGGCUUGACGAGCAGCACGAACUAGAGCGUUUGGAGAGGGAGCGGCAGCUUGCCAUCGCCCGCGAAGCCAAGAAACAUUAUAAGUCACCGCCGCCACCAAGUCCUUUGCCAGUAAAGAGACCCUUAGAUGGCGUACAUGACCUCUCCGAAAGCCUAGAUUCUCUGCUCAAGCUACCCGAAGAAGAAUUGGAUCCUAUCCCAUUGGAUCGUAUCGAAAGACCCACUUUUGAUCGGGCAACGAAACCGCAACAAAAUAAAGCUGUGUCUUCACCGGCGCGGGUCCGUGAUUUCUCACCCGUCAAGGGUCAGAAUGUGGGUCGUGGACUAACUGGUCUUAAAAAUCUGGGAAAUACUUGCUACAUGAACAGCAUUUUACAGUGCCUGAGUAAUACGCCGCAGCUAACCGAGUAUUGCAUUUCGGAUAAGUACAAAAGUUACAUCAGCAGGAGCAAUAGAACAAAUGGACAAGUGAUCGAGGAGGUGGCCGCACUAAUUAAGGAACUGUGGAACGGUCAAUAUAAGUGCGUGGCCAGCCGGGAUUUGAGGUAUGUGGUGGGUCAGUACCAGAAGAUCUUCCGUGGCGUUGACCAACAGGAUUCCCACGAGUUUCUCACCAUACUGAUGGACUGGCUGCACUCGGACCUACAAACGCUGCAUGUGGCUCGCCAGAGGGAAACAAUCAGUGCUUCGGAAAAGGCAUGGCUGGAGUUUACAAAGGCCAAAGAAAGUAUGAUCCUGCAUUUAUUCUACGGUCAGAUUAAGAGCACCGUCAAGUGCGUGGCCUGCAACAAGGAAUCUGCCACCUACGAGUGCUUCUCGAAUCUCAGUCUAGAGCUGCCGCCGAACUCAAAUGUGUGUCAGCUGAACCAGUGCAUGGACAUGUACUUUAGCGGGGAGCGCAUCCAAGGCUGGAAUUGUCCGAACUGCAACACCAAGAGAGAUGCAAUUAAAAAGCUAGAUAUAUCCAAGCUGCCUCCAGUACUAGUAGUGCACCUGAAGCGAUUUUAUGCGGAUCCGGGCAACACAGGUGCCUACAUAAAAAAACAAAACUAUCUGCGUUUUCCAUUGGAUAAUCUGGAAAUGACUCCGUAUAUAGCUCGGGCGGAAUCUCGAGCCGUUACGCCAAAAACUUACCAACUUUACGCCGUUUCCAACCACUACGGCACCAUGGAGGGUGGACACUACACCGCCUUCUGUAAGAGUGCAAACUACGGCAGGUGGUUCAAAUUCGACGAUCAGAUUGUUUCCGCUUUGGACACCUCCAAUGUCGUCUCCAGCGCAGCUUAUAUUCUUUUCUACACCUGGCUGCCACCCAUGCAAAUGUCGCUGUGAAAUAUCUAAAGCAUUACUCCUUCUCA